GUUGUUCGUAGUGUCUUGGAUAGCAAUAUAUCUUGGAUGGAGUGUUUGAAAAUUUUCGCCAUUUGAAAUUUGAUGGACUUUAUUUAUUAUUCGGACGUGCUUGUACUGCCGUAAUCAAAGUUGGAAGCAUGUGGGAUAAUGCAAAGUUAUAACAAACAUGGAUGCAUGACACUGACGGUUUAUGAACGGAACUAAAUUCCCUUUUAGCUCUGUCAGUCGAUGUGAAACCCUAGCGCUCAACCGAAAACAAUAUCAGCUCUUUUUAGGCGUCCAAGUAAAUGAAUAGGGACUCACAAGAGUUACAUGUAAAAAAAACAUACCUUACGAAGAAUCUGGACAUUUUUAUGAGCUAUUUUAUGGAUACCAUUCCUAAAAGAUAUUGAGGAAAUAAUUCAUGAGAUAUAUUGAAGAAACUAUCCCGAGGGUUAGAAAAAACAAUCAUUUCUGAGAGAUAUUCAGGACACCAUUCCUUAGUGAUAUUCAGGACACCAUUCCUGACAUACAUUCAGGACACCAUUCCUGAGGGAUAUUCAGUACACCAUUUCUGAGAGAUAUCCAGGACAUCAUUACUGAGGGAUAGUCAGGACACCAUUUCUAUGAGAUAGUCAGGACACCAUUUCUGGGGAAUAGUCAGGACACCAUUUUUGAGUUAUAUUAAGGACAUCUUUCCUGGGGGAUAUUCAGGACACCAUUUCUGAAUGAUAUUUAGGACACUAUUUCCGAGGGAUAGUCAGGACACCAUUUCUGAGGGUUCUUAAGGACAGCUUUCCUGAGGGAUAUUCAAGAUAACAUUCCUGAAAGAUAUUUAGGAUACCAUUUUUGAGUGAUAUUAAGGUCACUUUUCCUGAGAAAUAUUCAAGAUAUCAUUCCUUAAAGAUAUUCAGACCAACAUUAAUGGAUCGUAUUAAUGUAAGUCGUUUAUCAUUUCGACGCAAAGGGAGUCACAAAAAAGAUAAACAUCGACACGAACAUUCUGACAACAGCAGUGAGGAUAUACCAAAGAUCAAAUAUAUCAGUCAGAUUGAAGCUCAGAACAUAGACCAACAGCUGUUUACGGAAUAUGCCUUCAGUGUUGAUCAGCUUAUGGAACUGGCCGGUUAUAGUUGCGCUGUGGCAAUAGCCAAGUGUUAUCCCGUCGAAGCGAUGACGAAAGACAACCACGCCGUGUUGGUUUGUUGUGGUCCGGGAAAUAACGGUGGGAAUGGUUUGGUGUGUGCGAGACAUCUUAAAAUGUUUGGCUACAAACCAACCAUCUUCUACCCAAAGCGGCCAUCCAAACCCCUGUUCGACGCGUUGUACCAGCAAUGUGAAGGGAUGGACAUUCCUGUUUUAUCUUUCUUCCCAUCAGAAGCUCACCUUAUAACCGACUCGUACAACUUCGUUGUUGAUGCCUUGUUUGGAAUUAACUUUAAAGGCCCCGUGAGACCAGAAUUUGAACCAGUCAUUGAGACGCUGAAAAAGGUUGAGUCGCCCAUUUGCAGCAUUGAUGUCCCCUCAGGAUGGGACAUUGAAAAAGGCGACGCUAACGGUCUACAGCCCGAACUGCUUAUCUCGCUAACUGCUCCUAAACUGUGUGCUCACCUAUUCAAAGGAAAGCAUCACUAUCUUGGCGGGAGAUUCGUCCCGCGAACGUUGGAACAGAAAUAUGAGCUAAACCUGCCCCCUUAUCCUGGCACUGACUGUGUGGUCGAGUUAAAGGAUACACAAGAAGACGGCAAAGCCUAAUGUCUUCUGUGAAACCAGAAUUUGUCCUCUAUCGUCAGUGUGUACUAUUUAGAAUUGCUGGCUUUGUAUUUUCGUUUUAUCUUGAGAAGUUUUAUAUAAUAUAUAAUAAUAUGUGAACAGCGGAGAAAGUUAUAUAUCGAUACAUUUCUACGAGUAAAUUAAGUGUUAUAAUAAUGUUCGCCAUGAUGAGAUGCGAAAGUUGCAGUUACCAUUAUAUAAUAUAAUGCAGAUUUUCUUUAUAUGUGUCCCUUUUGUGAGAAAGAAAUACGACAUUGAUUCAGUAAACUAAAUACUAAAUGUGAUGUAAUUUAUUUUUCGCCUUUUUUGAAUGUUUGUUAGCUUAUAUUCAUUUGUUAAAUAGGUUUAAACCUUUUUGCUGUAUGAAGGGAAAUAAAA